AAUCGAUAACAAGGACAUGAUGUUUGUGGUUAAUAAAUAACCAGGGUGACCUCCAAAAACAUGGCGUCUCUACUCAAUGUUGUUCUCUUCGUUUUAGUUUGUCAGAUCCCCAUUGCCAUCUCGAAAUCAGUUGAGAAGAAAUGCAUCAAAAACGGACCGUGUUCUUGCCAAAUGUCCGAUGGUUCCGGGGUCAUUGACCUAAAGAAAAUCACCAACGCUGGAGAUCCCAUGCAAGUCGAUGCCAGAUUUAAGCACGUAAAAGCACGUGAUGCAAACUCGUAUUCCUACAACCCUUGCUAUCCAUUUGAAGAAGUUGGUUGCCAUGGAGUCGCAAUCUGUCAAAGAGUUCCAGAUCGUCGUGCUGCUUUAUAUUUCACUCUUGGAACUCACGAUAAAUCAGAUUUUUAUCACAAUGGAACCCACGUGAUUCUAAAAUACGAAGGAUUGACUGGAACAAGUCAAGUUGUAAGGACGUCACACAUUACUUUAGUUUGCAAUGAAGAAAACGACGACACGUUAUUUAUACCGUAUGGAGAGGAUCCUUGGGUGAAACCAUUACAUUAUUAUUUCAAUCUUCUAAGUCCAUGUUCAUGUCCAGGAAAAUGUGAGGAACCGAAGCCAGAAUAGAUUUUAUGAUGUCACAUCAAUAAUAUUUGUAAAUAAUGAUGAUGUGGUGGUUUAUCCUUAUUGAGUUAUAGAUGACUAAUUUUUUUUGAUUGAGUCAAAUUGAUUUUUAAUGAAAUUUACGAAAAGAACUUCAAAACACCAUUCAUAUAAAUCGCGCCCUCUUGUGGUGGAACGCUUCUUGCCGUCAAAAUGACGUAUUGGGUAGAGACAAUAAAUGACUCACUGUAAUUGGUUGUGUUGUCGUUCGUCUUCCAGAUUAUAGUAAAAUCUCUAAAAACACAAUCUUCAAUAACUGCACGUUGCCGAGGACGCGUUUCAUAGAAAGAUGUAAUCUAAGCAAACAUGAAAUUAUAUAUUUAAAGACACGGUCAUCCGCGUUGUCGAUUUUUAUAGUAUGGUCGCUGUAGUGAAAACAUAUUACAAUGAAGAUGUCAUUAUGAUUUCUAACUACAUAUGUGAAAAUGUAAUCAUGCGUUUAGCCAUCAUAUGCGAUGGUCUUUGUCAUCUUGAUGAUUUUAUUGCAAAUAUACGCAGAUUUUGAUGUAAGAAUCCAUAUAAAGUUGUAUAAAGUAAUAAAACUUAUCUCUCUUCUUCAAUUUGAGACAUA